UGUGUUGAUGUCAGUACGGGCGUGUUUGCGAGGCGGGGAGGCGUCUUACACGGCCCCAAGCUUGCGGAAGGUGGUUCAUCGUGUGCGGUGUUGUCUGGAGUGUUGGAUAUCGAUUUGGAAGACACUGCUCGGGUGUUGACGGCGUGAAAUGGCGGCGAGGCGGCGUGCGGAGGUGAGUGGUUGAUGAUGGCAGGCAGCUCACACUUGCGACGUCGCUUGGCGGUGCAGCACCUUGAGCUCGGGCGCUUGGGCCACAUUACGCAUGAACUCUUGCAGCCGCGCUCUCGCCCUAGACACACGCAAUGCUGGGAGUCAAUUACGAGAGCAGUGAUGAGGAGGCGGAGCUCCCAGCGACUACAGCUAAAGUAAGUCUUGAGCAUGCGCCUGGGAGGACUUCGAUAGCUACUAAUAUUGAGUUGGCGAACGUUCCUGUAGCAGCAGCCGCACCCGAAGCCCUUCCUCGACCAGCUCCUCAGAAAGCCGCUCCUCCACCACCUGGUCCAGUUAAUGGACCUGCACAAGGCCCAACGGUGUUGCCACCUGCACCCGAGAACGAUCCUGCCGCCGACCCUCCAGGCUCACCGUACACGUCCAGUCGAGCUAUCAUCCAGAACUUGACCCUGCCCACCGUACCUAAUUUCGAUAUACCGCCUUCGCCACCAGGGUCGCCGCCACAGCGAGCGACAAAGAAAUUUACUCAAUUCCUCGAGCUGAAGAAGAAUGGUCAGCAUUUCAAUCAGCGGCUCGAGGGUUCAUCGGUGUUGCGCGAUCCAGGCCAUUCACAGAAAUUGAUGGACUUCGCUGGGAUAAGUGAAGAGGAGCAGUACGCAUCCACACUGUCAGACGAUCUCGCUGUACCUACAGUGUUCCCCCCGUGGGCAUAUGCAGAGGAGCUACGAGCGUCGCAGAAGACGAUUCUCAAGACAAAGGAGCAGAAGCAAUCUGGGGCACCAAGGGAGUUCGUCACUGCUACAAACUCUGGUGCUACGAGCCGUACGAGCACCCCAUCCGGGACGACAGGUAAAAGGAAAGGACUAGAGCACAGGAGUCGGGAGGUUUCGCCCAAGAGGAGAAGAUGAAGUGCAGGCGUAUUACCACACGAAUAUCAAUCUCACAUGCUUGAACAUGACGUAUGGGGGUGGAAAAUGGCUUCUGUAUGCAGCUCGGCAACGGCACAGCUGUCUGCGCCUUGUAGUGCCCCAGUUGCCCUUUUCUGAGUCGUAUCGAUGAGCGUUGUCAAGAGAAGAGACCCUGUACAUGCU